GAACACAAGAAUGAAAAUCGUAUCAUGGAACAUCAACGGCAUCCGAGCCAGCAAGAUAAAUUUAAAGACACUUUUUGAUUCUCUCGAUGCGGACGUGAUUUGUCUUCAGGAGACCAAAGUAACACGUGAUCAACUUGAUGAGCCGACAGCUAUAGUUGAAGGAUACAAUUCCUACUUUAGUUUUUCCCGGAAACGUAGUGGUUACUCAGGAGUUGCCAAUUUCUGUCGAGACACAGCCACACCAUACAGUGCUGAGGAAGGCCUGACAUCAUUGCUGAACCAGAAGGAUGAUGGGAAAGUGGAAAGCUAUGGUGAUGUGACACAUUUCUCAACAGAUGAGCUUGAGGCCUUGGAUGCAGAAGGGCGGACUGUGAUCACACAGCAUCAGAUACAGACAGGUGAUGGUAAGGAUGCUCAUCUGGCAAUCAUCAAUGUUUACUGCCCAAGGGUGGAUCCUGAACGAGAAGACAGAAAAGUUUACAAGAUGAGGUUUCUCGCACUCCUUCAGACGAGAGCAGAGGCUCUUUUACAGAGCGGGAGUCAUGUGAUUGUCCUGGGAGAUAUCAAUUUGAAUCAUAAAAAGAUUGACAACUGUGAUCCAGAUUUAGAGAAUUGGGGUAAGGCUCCCAGCAGAAUGUGGAUGAACCAGUUCCUUUGGGAGCCUGGAAGAGAUCCUGAUAUAGAUCCUGUAGAUGAUACAGCAGAAUUUCUGGGUACCACAUCCACUGUCAAAGGUGGAUUGUUUGUGGACACAUUCAGACACCUGUACCCUAACAAGACUGAUGCCUAUUCCAACUGGUGUACCCUCACAUCUGCGCGGGAAACCAACUAUGGCCGUCGGCUUGACUACAUAAUGUGUGAUGUUCCUAUGGCUAAAAGUGACCUGAAGGAGAGUUGGGUGAUGAAAGAUGUUGAAGGAUCUGAUCAUUGUCCUGUUAAGACAGAAUUCACAGCAUCAUUUCUACCAGCAAUCAAAUGUCCUGCUCUGUGUACAAAAUAUAUGCCAGAGUUUGUUGGCAAGCAACAGAAAUUGUCAUCUUUCUUCAUGAAAUCCGCAAAAUCAAAUAGUUCAUUGUCAAAACAGGAUUGUGGAAGAUCACCAAAGAAGACAAUAUCCUCAAAAACUUCAGUUGAUGAAAAGAAAACUGAAAAGGUGUUAAAAACAAAAUCUCCUAAUAAACCUGGAUGUGGUCUAAAACGACUUGAUAAAAAAUCUCCUAAUAAACCUGGAUGUGGUCUAAAACGACUUGAUAGUGAUCGUUCAGAAUACUUGGGACCUGAAGCAAAAAGAAGAAAAGGGGACAUCAAGAAAAAUUUGUCAAUUCCUAAACAGUCCAACCUGAUGAAUUUCUUCGGGAAAUCAACAUCUAAAAAUAACAUUUCCUCAGAUAACUCCCAAAGAAGUCAAACUAAUUCAGAGAUAAAUGCAUGCCAAAAUGGCCAUGAAUCUACAAGUGAAAAAUGUGAAAGUGUUCAUUUGACAAAUGAAACUAAGGUUGACUUAGUUAGUUCUGAUGAUACUGACUCACCGUCCAGCUCUCAGGAACAGAAGUCUGGUAAAGUCACUGUGAAGAAGACCUCAUCAAUUGCUUGGAAAAAUUUAUUGAAGGGACCGCCAACUGCUCCCUUGUGUAAAGGUCAUAAAGAACCUUGUUUGUUAAGGACAGUCAAAAAGGAGGGGCCCAAUAAAGGGAAACAGUUCUUUGUUUGUUGUAGGGCAGAAGGUCUAAGCUCAAAUCCAGAGGCUCGUUGUGAUUUCUUCAAAUGGGUUGACAAUAAAAAAUAAAAAUAU